GGAGGUCUGCGGAGCGGCUCAGCUCAGCGGGGAUCCGCCACAAAGCAGAUGCGAAGCCGGGAUGAGAUGCGAGUCGCUGCCCUUUGUGAGGCUUCGGUGCUUCGGUUUGAAAUGCGAUUUUACAGCCGAAAACACAACAAAACCAACUGCAAUCACCAACAAGGAAUCAAGUUACACUCCGGUGGUAAAUGAGCGCGGAAUCUGAGAUGAGAGUCGGGAGAAAGUGAUUUCUGUAGGCACUUUUGUUGCUCGGCUCUUUGUGCUGCAGCGUUACCCUUUUGGAUAGAAAGGCCUCCAAGAUAGAUUCCCUCAGGAGUAAGGUGGACCUGCUGCGCCUCCCCCUGGCUCUCUCCACCAAGUCCAUCAGCAGCCGUAAGAGCCAGCUGGGCGUGGUCUGGGAGAAAGGCGGCGGCUCGCGGGCAGGAGGGGCCCGGAAACCCCGCCCACCGCCGGCCUCGGACAUGGACAACGAGUCGACGUACUCGGGCUACUCCUACAAGUCGUCCCAAUCGCGAAGCUCCCGCAAACACAGGGAUAGGAGAGACAGACAUCGCUCGAAGAGCCGCGACAGCAGCAUCCGAGACAAAUCGGUGACCAUCCAGGCUCCGGGGGAGCCGCUGCUGGACGCCGAGUCGACCCGCGGAGACGACCGGGAUGACAACUGGGGCGAGACCACCACGGUGGUCACGGGCACCUCCGUGGACAGCGUCUCCAACGAGGACCUGACGCGACUGAAGGACCUCGAGGACUCCUCUCCGCUGCAGUGUCGCCGGUUCCUCGGCCCGGCGCUGGGCGGGGUUCUGGGGCUCUUCGCCCUGGUCACCCCUCUGGCCUUCCUGGCCCUCCCGCAGCUCCUCUGGCGGGACACCCUGGAACCCUGCGGCACCCCGUGUGAGGGUCUUUACAUUUCCCUGGCCUUCAAGCUCCUCAUCCUCCUCAUCUCCACCUGGGCGCUGUUCCUCCGCCCGCCCAGAGCCACCCUGCCGCGCUUCUUCAUCUUCCGCUGCCUGCUGCUGGCGCUGGUGUUCCUCUUCGUGGCGUCCUAUUGGCUGUUCUACGGGGUGCGCGUGCUGGAGCCCAGAGAGACGGACUACAGGGGCAUUGUGGGAUACGCAGCGUCUCUGGUGGACGCGCUGCUGUUCAUCCAGUACCUGGCCCUAGUGCUGCUGGAGGUCCGGCACCUGCAGCCCGCCUUCUGCCUCAAGGUGGUGCGGACCACUGACGGAGCCAGCCGCUUCUACAACGUGGGCCACCUCAGUAUUCAGCGUGCAGCAGUGUGGCUUCUGGACCAGUACUACAACGACUUCCCCGUCUACAACCCCGCCCUGCUCAACCUGCCCAAGUCCAUCCUCUCCAAGAAAAUGUCUGCCUUCAAAGUGUACAAUCUGGGGGAAGAGAACAGCACCAAUAACUCUACAGGCCAGUCCAGAACCAUGAUAGCUGCCGCUUCUCGAAAAAGAGACAACUCCCACACGGAGUAUUACUACGAGGAGGCCGAGGUGGAGCGGAGGGUCCGCAAACGUAAAGCCAGGCUGGUGGUGGCCGUAGAAGAAGCCUUCACCCACAUCAAACGUCACCAGGACGACGAGGGGUCCGUGUCGUCCCCCAAACACCCACGGGAGGUGAUGGACCCCCGGGAGGCGGCCCAAGCCAUCUUCGCCCCCAUGGCCCGGGCCAUGCAGAAAUACCUCCGCGCCACCAGGCAGCAGUCGUACCACAGCAUGGAGAGCAUCAUCAACCACCUGCAGUUCUGCAUCACCCACAGCAUGACCCCCAAGGCUUUCCUGGAGCUGUACCUCAGCCCGGGUCCCACCCUGCAGUACCUGGACACCAGCAGGGGGCGCCAGUGGACCCUAGUGAGCGAGGAGCCCGUGACCUCCGCCCUGCGUCAGGGCCAGGUCUUUUCCCUGAGACGCCUCGACUUCUCCCUCGUCGUCACGGUGACCCCCCUCCCUUUCCUGAACCUUGGGGAGGAGUUCAUCGACCCCAAAAGACACAAGUUUGUCAUGAAGAUGCAGUCAGAGACGUCUGUGUAGGAGCAGGAUGAAAUAACAAGUCUUUUUUUUUUGUUCUUUUUUAAUGUUUUUUAUCUUUUUGUAAGCCUGACGCCCAAAGGACUUGGCCGAAAUAUCAGGAAGUGACAGAGAAGAAGCAACAGAAAUCCUCAUCGCUGCCCUUGUUCCUCUAACAAACCUAAAAU